GAAGGAGGACCGGAACUGGCAGGAAGAAGGAAGGAAGCUGAAACUUCAUAGUUCCCGCCACUACCUCCUUCCGCCCGCUCCAGUUCCUUCCGUCUGGAAAUUUGGUUUGCUUCCGAUAUACGAAUAUAGGAUAUACACAGGAUAUACACAGGAUACAUUGGAUAUAUUAAAGGGUUAACCUUAUUAGCUCAACCUGUAGCCCAAAAUCAAUCAAAAACACCUUAAAAAAGCACAGAGUAAAACAAUCUUGCGAUAAAAUAGCAGAUCAAGAUUAAAACUAAGAAUCGCAAAGUCCUGCUGAACAAUAUGCUUAAUUGAUCGAGCACCCAAAAUUCACAAGAAGUUGCAGAGCAAGAUCCAGAUAAAAGAUGAAUAAAAUGUUAUAUAACGGGGACGACGGACAAGAUUUGGCGCGAAGAAAUUUUUGGAACUCUCCCUACCCUCCCCCUCUCACCCCCUACCCAGCAGUUAAAGAAUCUGUACAUCAAGAUCCGUACGCCAUGUUGUCUCACACAUCACGUGGUUUGGUCUCCCAGGGAUCUGGCCAGAUUCAGCUGUGGCAGUUUCUUCUAGAACUUCUUGCUGACUCAUCAAAUACCGCCAUUAUCAGCUGGGAGGGGACCACAGGAGAGUUUAAACUAAGUGACCCCGACGAGGUUGCGAGAAGAUGGGGGGAGAGAAAAUCCAAACCAAACAUGAAUUAUGACAAAAUGAGCCGAGCACUGCGCUAUUAUUAUGAUAAGAACAUAAUGACGAAGGUCCAUGGAAAGCGCUAUGCUUACAAGUUUGACUUUCAUGCGUUAAUGCAAGCGUGUCAGAUUCAAUGCGCUGACCCAUCUUAUAAAUAUGCGUCGGAUUUCAACAGCUUGUUAGCACAUAACUCAUAUAACUAUUCCAAACUUCCUGGACUACUAUCCCCUGCUCCAUCCUUCCCACCUCCCUCUGCCUACUGGUCUGUCCCACCCAACUCUAUGAUGACAUCUAUGAACAACUUAAGCAAUCUGUACUCUAGUCAGGUCUGCAAGGAAUCCAUACCAAACAUUUAUGGCGGGAAAGAUUCAAUACCAAACUUGCAUUCAAACAAAGAACCCUCCCUACCAAACUUGUACUCCAAUAAAGAGUCUAUACAGAAUUUGUACACAAACAAAGAAACCCUGCAGAACUUGUACGGGAACAAAGAAACUUUACAGAAUCUUUACAACAGCAAGGAAAGUGCUUCCUACCAUCCGAAAGAGCUGAUGCCUCCAGGCACAGGAAACUACGCAACUGAUAAACAGAAUCUCGUUUUCAAAAAUCCUCAAUACUCCUCCCCCUCCAGUUCUCCAGUAAGCAGCUCCUUCUCGAGCUCCAAUCUGUUCUCCAACCUACCGUCUCUUAGCUCCAAGGACUCCUGGAGCCUAGGGAGCAAGGAGGGAUUGAUGCCAGGGAUACCCAGCACAUUAUCAAUGAACAUUCGACAGCAUUAUUCAUAUCUUCAAUCCUACAAUUCUAAUCCAUAGUUUACAGUCUUCAAUCCUACAAUUAUAAUCCUUAGUUUACAGCUUUCAAUCCUACAAUUCUAAUCCUUAGUUUACAGUCUUCAAUCCUACAAUUCUAAUCCUUAGUUUACAGUCUUCAAUCCUACAAUUAUAAUCCUUAGUCUACAUAGCACUUUACAUGUAAAUUUUAGCACUAUAAACCACUUGUUGUUAGCUUUGGUUUUUUAGAAGUAAUUGACAAAAUUCUCAACAAUUUAAGCUUAAGAGCGUGAGACCAUUAAAUCGCAGUGUAAGAAAUUCAUUUAAAAUUACGCUCACAUUUCCUUUAAUAUGUUCUGUUAAAGUAACAAUUGACCCAUUGUAAUAAUACCAACAUCAAAGAGAAUGAAUACACCUUUAAACUAAGUUGAACAUUUUAAAUUCUUAAAAAAGAA